AUGGCUCUCCUUCUCGUUGCCUGCGGGUCUCCUCAACCCCAAGCAAGACUCUCAUAUUUAUCCCUCUCCUCCAUAUACCGCUCCUUCAACACGUCCACGUCAUCACCCUCCUCUUCCCAAUUCCGCCGCUCAGACUUCACAGGCCAGCCAUUCACAGGGUCAUAUGAGCCUGGAGGGAGAACAUCGGGGCCUCUUGGAGAUGCCUCCAUUCUUGGGGCGCCGACACUAACACCAAAGGCUUUAAAGGAGCAUCUUGAUAACUUUGUCGUAGGGCAGGAACGGGCAAAAAAGGUUUUGAGUGUGGCCGUAUACAAUCAUUAUCAAAGGAUACAAGAGUCGCAACGGCGAGAAGAUGAAGAGCAUGAGAUUCUACAACAGCAGCUGCGAAGGGAGAUGGCUGAAAGCCAUCCAAUGGAGGACGAAUUCCCGGGCCACCAGCAAGCCAUCCCUCUGAACCCCCCGUCUUCUGGCUUAGGCGCUGCCCCAAUCUUCGACGCAUCACCGCUCACCCUCGAGAAAGCCAACAUACUCCUCCUCGGGCCCUCAGGCGUAGGCAAGACGCUUAUGGCCAAAACCCUUGCCCGGGUGUUGGCGGUUCCUUUCAGCAUGUCCGAUUGCACGCCUUUCACUCAAGCAGGUUACAUAGGCGAAGACGCUGAAAUCUGCGUCCAGCGAUUACUAGCAGCUGCAAAUUACGAUGUUGCAGCUGCAGAAAGAGGUAUCAUCUGCCUCGAUGAAAUAGACAAAAUUAGCACGGCGAAAGUCAGCCACGGCAAAGAUGUUGGAGGUGAAGGCGUACAGCAAGCACUUCUCAAAAUAAUCGAAGGAACGACCCUCCAAAUCCAAGCCAAGCAAGAGAAGUCCGCACGCGCGCCUGGUUCCUCCAACUCCAGCUAUCCGACCAACAGUCCGCUCUCCGGCGGCAUGAUGGGCGGUCCCUCCUCCACCUCUUCCGGCUCAGGCAAUACCUCCUCUGGCCCAUCAAAAGCAGAAACAUAUAACGUUCGCACAGACAACAUUCUCUUCAUCUUCGCCGGCGCCUUUACUGGUCUGCAGAAAAUGGUCAUGAAUCGCAUUGCCAAAGGCUCGAUAGGAUUCGGCUCGCCUAUACGCUCUUCUUCCUCAUCAUCUUCCGUGUCGUCAGGUGGCCGAGAUAGCACCAUCUCUGUGAAGGCCGGAUCAGAGGAAAGCAAGCUCUUUGAAAAACAUCUCCCCUUCUUCGCACCCCAAUCGCCCGACCAACCAACACUAACCGAAUAUAACCUUCUCGAUCUAGUCGAGCCUACAGAUCUGCAAACGUACGGCUUGAUACCUGAACUUGUAGGCCGCAUACCUGUAUCAGCGGCUCUAUCGGCACUCGACGAAGACGCGCUGGUAAGAGUCUUGACUGAGCCGAGAAACAGCAUGAUAAAGCAGUAUGAACAGCUAUUUCAGCUGAGUGGUAUAGAAUUGCGAUUCACAAGAGGGGCUUUGAUAGAAGUGGCGAAGAGUGCAUUGGGCAUGGGAACGGGGGCGAGAGGGCUGAGAACCGUUUGUGAGAGGUUGUUGACGGAGACGAUGUUUGAGGCACCAGGCUCAAGCAUCAAGUACGUCCUCAUGACUGAAGCCGUUGCGCAGCGCAAGUCCGCGCCCAUCUAUCUCGCCAGAGGCCAGCAGCAUAGAUUUGAACAAAUCAUUGCUGCCGAGGAAGAAGAAUGGGAUGCGAAGACAGACAAGGACCAGAAAAAGGACGAUGGUGCUAGUGCAAAUGGCGGAACUGGUAGCUUUGAAGAAUAUAGAGAGAAGAGCAAGGCUGCUGGAGUCAUGUAG